AUGAUUGCAGCUGUGGAAUCGCUCGUUACUUACAAAGAAGCGAUGGAGGAGACGAAUAACCUUAUCCGACACAGGCUAUCGCCGCUCAUUAUGGCUUAUCAACCGCGCGAAGUGCUCUCAAUGUUCGAAUGCGAUGUGCUAAGAGCACUCAACGCAGACCGGGACAUCGUAACCGUGCCAACUGACAAGGAGCGUUACACAAUCGCAUUGGACAGAAAAUACUACCUACAGAAAGCCAAAAGCUUACUAGAGGAUCGUCAGUUUCAUGUUCCAUGGGAAACCAGUCCCCUCAAAAAGCCGACGCACGAAAUUAUUCUGACCCUCUUGGCACUUGAGAACUCGGGUGCGAUAACGUCGUCUGAUUGA